GCAAAACGGCACCGGAGCCGCCGUCGUUGCUUCGCUUUUUGACCUUCUCAUCGUCUCUGGAUCCAUCUGAGCGGGCGGCCCGGGCACUACCAUCAUGGCACCCAGGAAAUUCUUCGUGGGCGGGAACUGGAAAAUGAAUGGAGACAAAAAGAGUCUCGGGGAGCUGAUCCACACUCUCAACGGUGCCAAGAUCCCUGCCGAGACUGAGGUGGUUUGUGGUGCCCCCUCCAUCUACCUCGACUUUGCCCGCCAGAAGCUUGAUGCCAAGAUUGGCGUGGCUGCACAGAACUGUUACAAGGUGCCUAAGGGAGCUUUCACGGGAGAAAUCAGCCCAGCCAUGAUAAAGGAUACUGGUGUCACCUGGGUGAUCUUGGGACACUCUGAGCGAAGACACGUCUUUGGCGAGUCAGACGAGCUCAUUGGGCAGAAGGUGGCCCAUGCCUUGGCUGAAGGGCUUGGUGUGAUCGCCUGCAUUGGUGAGAAACUGGAUGAGCGAGAGGCUGGCAUCACAGAGAAGGUGGUCUUUGAGCAGACCAAGGCUAUCGCUGACAAUGUGAAGGACUGGAGCAAGGUGGUUCUUGCCUAUGAGCCAGUUUGGGCCAUUGGAACUGGUAAAACUGCAACUCCCCAGCAGGCUCAGGAAGUUCAUGAGAAACUGAGGACUUGGCUCAAGACCCAUGUGUCCGAUGCUGUUUCACAAUCAACUCGAAUCAUCUAUGGAGGUUCAGUCACUGGUGCCAACUGUAAAGAACUGGCCUCCCAGCAUGAUGUGGAUGGUUUCCUCGUUGGUGGCGCCUCUCUCAAGCCUGAAUUUGUAGAUAUCAUCAAUGCAAAACACUGAAGCCUGCUCUGCCGGGCCUGAAGUGGCGGGUGGGAUGUAGGAAUCCAUCAUGUACUGAGAUGAAUACUGUAAAAAAAAUGCCCACUCUCUGCAGUCUAGUAAAACGGUCUUGCCCUCAUCCCUUUUCCCACACUUGCUGUUAAUUGUUCCACACUGCUGCUAAACACAACAAUGGCCAAUACACCUAGUGUGUAGCCGAGAGCCUUUGCCAAAGGUAGGGCUUUGCUCACUUUCCCUGUACUUGUGGGUGGGAUUUCCAGCCUUGUCCUUCUCCACAUAGGCUAUCAGAAUCGUGCUUUCUGAUGGCAUCUGCUGUCGCUCCGUGGCCAUCUGCCCUGCUGAGGGAGCUGUGCCGCUUUUUUCAGCAACUUGGGGUCAGUGCUCAGUGGCCUGCAUUGUCUGUCUGUCUGUCCUGUGUUUCAUAAGCCAACAAUAAGCAGAAAUAAAUGAAGGGAAAGUAGCA